AUGUCCUGCUCCAGCCUGAGUGUCCCUUCCUGUGGGGUGGCCGCCCCGUGCCCUCUGGCUGACACCACCAACGAGCCCUGCGUGCGUCAGUGCCAGAGCUCCUCGGUGGUGAUCCAGCCCCCGGCCACGGUGGUCACCUUCCCCGGACCCAUCCUCAGCUCCUUCCCACAGCACAGUGCUGUGGGCUCAGCGGGAGUCCCCGCCAUUGCCGGGGGCUAUGGCGGCAGUUAUGGAGGCCAUGGUGGUUAUGGAGGCUACGGGGGCUACGGGGGCUAUGGAGGCCUUGGUGGCUACGGGGGCUAUGGAGGCUAUGGUAGCUGUGGAGGCUAUGGAGGCUUUGGGGGCUAUGGAUAUGGAGGCUGGCGCCGAGGCCGCUCAUACUUCAGUGGCAACUGCGGGACCUGCUAA